AUGCACACUUGCUGCCCCCCAGUAACUUUGGAACAGGACCUUCACAGAAAAAUGCAUAGCUGGAUGCUGCAGACUCUAGCAUUUGCUCUAACAUCUCUCGUCCUUUCGUGUGCAGAAACCAUCGAUUAUUAUGGGGAAAUCUGUGACAAUGCAUGUCCUUGUGAGGAAAAGGACGGCAUUUUAACUGUGAGCUGUGAAAACCGAGGGAUCAUCAGUCUCUCUGAAAUUAGCCCGCCCCGUUUCCCAGUCUACCACCUCUUGCUGUCUGGAAACCUUUUGAACCGUCUCUAUCCCAAUGAGUUUGUCAAUUACACUGGGGCUUCGAUUUUGCAUCUGGGUAGCAACGUCAUCCAGGACAUUGAGACAGGGGCUUUCCAUGGGCUGCGGGGUUUAAGGAGACUGCAUUUGAACAAUAAUAAACUGGAACUUUUGCGUGAUGAUAUAUUCCUUGGCUUGGAGAGCCUGGAGUACCUACAGGUCGACUAUAAUUACAUUAGUGUCAUUGAACCCAAUGCUUUUGGAAAACUGCAUUUGUUGCAGGUGCUUAUCCUAAAUGACAAUCUCUUGUCCAGUUUACCCAACAACCUUUUCCGUUUUGUGCCCUUAACGCACUUGGACCUGCGGGGAAACCGGCUGAAACUUCUGCCCUAUGUGGGGCUGUUGCAGCACAUGGAUAAAGUUGUGGAGUUACAGCUGGAGGAAAACCCCUGGAAUUGCUCCUGUGAGCUGAUCUCUCUUAAGGAUUGGUUGGAUAGCAUCUCCUACUCGGCCCUGGUGGGGGAUGUAGUGUGUGAGACUCCCUUCCGCUUGCAUGGCCGGGACUUGGACGAGGUGUCCAAGCAGGAACUCUGCCCGAGGAAACUUAUUUCCGACUAUGAGAUGAGGCCUCAGACGCCUUUGAGCACCACGGGGUAUUUACACACCACUCCGGCUUCGGUGAAUUCCGUGGCCACUUCUUCCUCCGCUGUUUACAAACCCCCCUUGAAAACCCCUAAAGGGACCCGCCAACCCAAUAAGCCCAGGGUGCGCCCCACCUCUAGGCAGCCCUUCAAGGACUUGAGCUACAGCAAUUCUGGACCCAGCAUCGCCUACCAGACCAAAUCUCCUGUGCCUUUGGAGUGUCCCACCCAGUGCUACUGCAAUCUGCAAAUCUCCGAUCUGGGCCUCAACGUCAACUGCCAGGAGCGAAAGAUCGAGAGCAUCGCAGAGCUGCAGCCCAAGCCCUACAACCCCAAGAAAAUGUAUCUGACGGAAAACUACAUCGCCGUGGUACGUAGGAGCGACUUCCUGGAGGCCACGGGGCUUGACCUCCUACACCUGGGCAACAACCGCAUCUCCAUGAUCCAAGACCACGCCUUUGGAGACCUCACCAACCUGAGGCGCCUCUACCUAAAUGGCAACAGGAUUGAGAGGCUGAGCCCAGAGUUGUUCUACGGGCUCCAGAGCCUGCAGUAUCUCUUUCUCCAAUAUAAUCUCAUUCGCGAAAUUCAGUCUGGGACUUUUGAUCCCGUCCCCAACCUCCAGCUGCUAUUCUUGAAUAACAACCUCCUGCAGACCAUGCCCUCUGGCGUCUUCUCCAGCCUGACCCUCCUCAGGCUGAACCUAAGGAGUAACCACUUCACCUCCUUGCCGGUGAGUGGCGUCCUGGACCAGUUGAAGUCACUCAUCCAAAUCGACCUGCAUGACAACCCUUGGGAUUGUACCUGCGACGUGGUGGGCAUGAAGUUGUGGGUCGAGCAGCUCAAAGUGGGCGUCUUGGUGGACGAGGUCAUCUGCAAGGCGCCCAAGAAGUUCGCGGAGACAGAUAUGCGCGCCAUUAAGUCGGAGCUGCUGUGCCCAGACUACUCGGAUGUGGUGGUUUCCACGCCCACGCCCUCCGCCCUCCAGUUCCCCUCGAGGACCAGCGCGGUGACCCCGACCGUGCGGCUGAACAGCACCGGGGCCCCUGCGGGCUUGGGCGCCGGCGGAGGCGCGUCCUCGGUGCCCUUGUCCGUGUUGAUACUCAGCCUGCUGCUGGUUUUCAUCAUGUCCGUCUUUGUGGCUGCUGGGCUCUUCGUGCUGGUGAUGAAGCGCAGGAAGAAGAACCAGAGCGACCACACCAGCACAAAUAACUCCGACGUGAGCUCCUUCAACAUGCAGUACAGCGUGUACAGCGGCGGCGGCGGCGCCGGCGGCCACCCGCACGCACACGUGCACCACCGCGGGCCCUCGCUGCCCAAGGUGAAGACGCCCGCGGGCCACGUGUACGAGUACAUCCCCCAUCCGCUGGGCCACAUGUGCAAAAACCCCAUUUACCGCUCCCGGGAGGGCAACUCCGUGGAGGAUUACAAAGACCUGCACGAGCUCAAGGUCACCUACAGCAGCAACCACCACCUGCAGCAGCAGCAGCCGCCGCCGCCGCCGCCGCCGCCGCCGCCCCAGCAGCCCCAGCAGCAGCCUCCGCCGCAGCUGCAACUGCCGCCGGCGGAGGAGGACAGGCGGGAAAGCCACCACUUGCGGAGCCCCGCCUAUAGCGUCAGCACCAUUGAGCCCCGGGAGGACCUGUUGUCGCCGGUGCAGGAUGCCGACCGCUUUUACAGGGGCAUUUUAGAACCAGACAAACACUGCUCCACCACCCCCGCGGGCAACAGCCUCCCGGAGUAUCCCAAAUUCCCCUGCAGCCCCGCUGCUUAUACUUUCUCCCCGAACUACGACCUGAGGCGCCCCCACCAGUAUUUGCACCCGGGGGCCGCGGACAGCAGGCUGCGGGAACCGGUGCUCUACAGCCCCCCCAGUGCUGUCUUUGUAGAACCCAACCGGAACGAAUAUCUGGAGUUAAAAGCAAAACUAAACGUUGAGCCGGACUACCUCGAAGUGCUGGAAAAACAGACCACAUUUAGCCAGUUCUAAAAGUAAAAGAAACUCCCUUGGAGCUUUUGCAUUUCAAACAAACACGCAAGCCGAUACACACGUGAACACCUUUGGUUACUUGUGUUGUUUCAACGUUUAGAGUGAAGUGCCUUGGCACGAGAUUCUCAGCUUCAGCGGAAGACACUGGAAGGGUGUGCAAUUUCCUUUUCAUUUUACACGUGGGGAAACAUUGGUGUAAACUGGGCACAUCACUUUCUCAUGCGUGUGGGGGAGGCGAGAAGGGCUUUUUGGAAAGCGAUUUGCUGCGCGGGUGACUUGUCAAAGGCCUCGGUCACUUUUGUAGUUGAAAGUGCUAAGAAGGUGGAAGAUGGCAGCGCAUAGAUUCUGCCCUUUCUCUUUUGCUCCCCUCCCCCUCCCCUUCUCCCCCUUGAAGCCAUGGGUGGGUCUAAAUGGCUUUUGUGGAGAGGUUAGCACACCCCAACUUUAAUAGCAAGUUCAUUCUCUCCCUUUUCCUCUUUCUCCUACUCCCUUCCUCUCUCUGCCUCCUCGUCGUCUUCCUCUCUCAUUUCCUUUCUUUCUGUUAAAAGGAUGUGUUUGUAUGCAUUCUGGACAUUUGAAUUAAAAAACAAAAGUAUUGUGAUCUCAAAAGGAUCACAAUAGAUGUGGACAAAUCAUUAAAAUUACAGAGCUAUAUGAUCCAUAAUUGAUUAGUCAAAAUAACUUAUUGAUGAAAUAUACAAAUAUUUUAUUGUAGCACCUAUUUUUAUAUGCACAUUUAG